AUGCUUUCGCCAAUUGGCGAAACGUCCGAUGACUUUUCGCCACGGCGAAUUGUCUUUUGGCGAAACGACACAGAUUCAUCAUUUUCUAUGGAUCGUCAUUCUAUGAAUAUAAUUAAAAUUGCAGUUAAAUUUGUAUCAGAUGAAUUAAGAGACAAUGGUAGUAUUAUUGAUAUUGAUGAAAUAAAAAGAAAAUUAAUUCAAGAUUUAAUAAAUAAUUAUGAUGAGUCUUUAUUUGGAAGCAAUGUUCAAUGA